ACGUACCUACAAAGAGCUUCCUGACUGGCAGCGGUCGAAGCUCGAGUUUCGACAUUUUAUUUUAUUUUUUUUAGCAGCUGAUCACUAUCUGAAAGACAAAGACCUGAUACAGGACCUGUGAGAUGCAUCUGACCCUUCAGUUGAUCCAUCUACUGUUCACUGAAGCCUGAUAAGAAAUGGUCUCAGUGGAAGGGUGGCUGUCAAGAAGCCAUUCUUAAGGAAGGAAAACAGGGAGAAAAGGCUGAGGUAUGCAAAAUUACACAAGAACUGGACUGAAAAUCAGUGGCAACAGGUUUAAUGAAGAAGAAUCCAAAUUUGAAAAUUGUCUUCAGUAUUUAUGGUGGAGGUCAAGAAGCCUGAAGAACUAUUUUUCAAGACUAAUUAAAGAAAUGACAAGAAAGCUUACCUAAGAGAGUUCACGCUGUGCUGAAGAUAAAGUUAAGCCAGUUACGCACCCGCGUCUCAGAAGCAGCAGCCAUGGCUGGGGAUCCUCCUGUUAUCAUAUGGGAGCGUGAAGUUGAGAGCCUGUUGCAUUACAGAGAGCUGAUCCCCCGUCUGGAGGAGGUUGGGAAGUUCUCCAGCCGGGAGAGUGCGGAGGUGAUCCAGCCUGUGCGCUCCACGGUGCCGCUGCAGAAACACAACGGGUUUCUGGGACUGAUGCCUACAUACAUGGAGAAUGAUGGAGUCCUGUCCACAAAGUUAGUGUGUUUCUACAAGGGAGCUGGCUCCACUUUGCCAUCAGUUUCAGCCACAGUGGUGCCUGAUCCAGAGUCUGGGAAUGUCAAGGCUGUCAUGGAUGGAGAGGUCAUCACUAAGAUGCGGACUGCUGGAGCGUCAGCAAUCUCGGCUAAGCUGCUGAUGCGUCCUGGAGCUGAGGUUCUGGCCAUCUUGGGAACUGGCCAACAAGCCCUGAGUCAUUAUAAUGCCUUCACUGAGAUGUUUUCAUUUAAAGAGGUACGAGUGUGGAACCACAGGAGGGAGGCAGCGGAGAAGUUUCGCUGCUCUGUAGACGGCCCCGUGACUGUGUGCAGCUCAGUGGAGGAAGCAGUGAAGGGAGCUGAUGUCAUAGUGACAGCAACCAGGUCUACAGAACCAGUGCUCUACGGCCAGUGGGUCAAACCUGGAGCCCAUGUGGCAGCGGUGGGAGCUUGCAGGCCAGACUGGCGAGAGCUGGACGACGUGUUGAUGAAGGAGGCUGUGGUGUAUGCUGACAGCAGGGACGCAGCAAUGGUCGAGUCAGGUGACGUCAUCCUCUCUGGGGUUGAGGUGUUUGCAGAGCUCGGAGAUGUUAUUAAUGGGACAAAACCUGCUCACAGAGAGAAGAUCACUGUGUUCAAAUCCCUCGGAAUGGGUGUUGAAGAUGCAGUGUCUGCUAAGCUGGUAUAUGACCAAUGGAAAGCCAAAACCAGCAAUCUGUGAAGUGGUCAUGUACUUAAAGUUGACCUCUCUGUUCAACCUUUACGUCACACAGAUGACCAAGAAUGAGGCAACAUAAGAACAAAAAGAGCAAUGAUAUAUGUCUUCCUCAGAGCUGAUUUUAAUGCUGAAAUGGUUAGUGGUUAGCCGAUGAAUCACAAACUCGGGGAACAGAAAUUAUCAGAUAAGAGAUUUAAGGUCAUUACUAGGCAACUUAAAACACAGCUGACAGAAUCUACAACUACAUGAGGAGCUCUGUGAGGCUGUACAUGAGAACAGCUGUGCUUUAAGCUCAUUUCAGCAACAAGUGUACCACUUAUGGAAAUUAACCUUUUUUAACUACACUUACGACUCAUGACACAUCACUAUACAUAAGGCCUUGGGGGCAGGUGUGCCAGUGGGUUGUGGGUCUUGCCUCUUCACUGCUGUCUGCUCCUCCUUUUUUUUUUUUUUGGGGGGGGGGGGUAUUGGCUCCUUGGCCCUGUAGGAUGUGGUCAUGGAAGGUGGGGGUUACCCCUCCCUGCAAGUGCAGCAGUUGAUGAUGAUGUACUUGUCUUUUCUCUUAAUUAAAAAAGCGGAAAACAUUCUAAUGUUCCUCUGUUAUAGCUAUAAUGUUCACAUUGUUUAAUAUGGUACACAAAUAUUCAGAAAUGAUAAAGCACAAUUGAGGCCAACUCAAAUGCCCUCGUUUGUAACUUACAAAGCAGCUGCUUAGAGCAGCCCUCCCCCUCUCUCAUGCAGAGUAAAGCCUCCCCACCAUGGGAGUGAAACCAAGUGAAAGGAAUGAUUCAAGUAGGAAAAAAUAAGUUUGCUGAUGCUAAUAAACUUUUUCAUUAUUAUUGAUUAUUAAAGUGUGGGGAGGUGUGAACUGUGUUGUGCUUCUAAAUGGGGACAGAAAAAGUUUGAUGACCGCUGCACUACAAGAGUCUUACAGACCAGCAGCUCCAUGGUGUGAACAUGGCAACUUCUAAUAUCUAGCGAUAAUAUCUUCUAAUAAAUGUAAGAGUUUGCUCAAUCUGUUCUAAUCUACAGUAAAGUCUGUUUUUGAACAAUGACAUACUUUUUGUAGUUUUGCCUCUGUACACCACGCCAGCUAUUUUAAAUCAAUAUGUAACUGAGUGCAGACUUGCAGUUUUAAUUCAAGGAGUUGAACAGCUGCAUUGCAGUAAUUGUUUAAGAGUCACAGCCAAUUUUAUGCAUAGUUCCUGAUUAUCAUAAGCGCACCAUAAUUUUAAAUAUAGGCAUAAUUUUUAAGCAUUGGAUGAAAACCCUUUGCAGUCAGUGACUGUACGGUUUGUUGACUGCAGUCAAUGAACCCACGGACAUCACCACAUGCUGUUUCCUCUCUUGAGAUGCUCUCCCAGGAUUUUACUGGAGCUGUCUUCAGUUGCUGCUUGCUUGUGGGUCCUUCUGCAUUGUUUUGUAUUUAAAGAUGGCGAUAAAAUACUUUCUGUUGAGAUCAGGUGACUGAUGUGGCUUGAGAAAACUCUUUGGUUGCUUUUGCAGGUUGCUUUGGGUCCAUUUGCACUGUGAACUGCUGUCUGAUCAGUUUUGCAGCAUCUGGAUGAAUCCGUGCAGAGUCCUGUACACUCCACAAUCCAUCCUGGUUCUGCUACUGAACAUCUAGCAAACAGCUCUGCUUAAUUUAUUAUGGAAUAACUAGGGGAAUAUGCCUCACCUGACUAUGAAGCUACUUGUCAGUCAAUUGUCAAUUACUGUUGAGAGUCUAAAUGGAGAAACUGGCUGUAAUUCCUGAACAGUUAAUGUAAUGUGUUUAUUAAACCCCAUGAAAUAAAGCUGAAAGUC